GAGAAACAUGUGUUGUCAUGGAGGUAAUGUCGAGCUUUAUUUAUGUUAAACAUCUUUUAAUAAUAAAGUAUUUAAUAUAAAGAUCCUUUUGAAUUUUUAAAAAUGCUUAAAGUGUCCAAAAAAUCUUCUUGUUUAAUAUAUUUUACUGCGUUUCGAAUUAACAGACUUUGUACCAGUACGAUUCAUUUACAAAAUACUAAAAAGUUAAAAAAAUUAAGUGUAAAAGAUGUUUCUGGUAGAUUACCUUCAGCAUAUGAUCCAAAACUGGUUGAAUCAAUGUGGUACGAAUGGUGGCAAAAACAAAAAUACUUUAAACCCGAUGAUCCUCUGCUGAGUAAAAAUGAAUCAAAAGUAUUCUCUAUGGUAAUACCACCUCCUAAUAUUACUGGACCACUUCAUCUUGGUCAUGCACUUACUAUUGCAAUACAGGAUACUAUUAUAAGAUGGAAUCGCAUGCUUGGUAAUAAAGUACUUUGGAUACCAGGUUGUGAUCAUGCAGGUAUCGCCACACAAGUUGUGGUAGAAAAAAAGCUUUUUAAUGAAAGAAAACAAUCUAGACAUGAAGUUGGAAAAGAAGAAUUUUUAAAAGAAAUACAUAAUUGGAAAGAUGAGAAGAUCAAUAAGAUUCAUGAACAGUUUUACAAGCUUGGAUCCAUGUUAGAUUUUGAUAGAUCUGUCUUUACGAUGGAUUCAAAUAUGUCAAAAGCUGUGAGAGAAGCUUUUAUUAAAUUAUUUAACCAAGGUCUUAUUUACAGAAAAGAAAGAUUUGUUCACUGGUCUUGUAUCUUACAAUCUGCAAUUGCAGAUUUUGAAGUAGAACAUCUGACUCUGAAUGGUAGAACAAUGUUGUCUAUACCAGGAAUGAAUGAGCCAGUGGAAUUUGGUAUAAUUGAUAGAUUUGCAUAUCCAAUUAUGAAUAGCAAUGAACAUAUUAUAGUAUCAACUACAAGAUUAGAAACUAUGUUAGGUGAUACAGCUAUUGCGGUUCAUUCACAAGAUAGUCGAUAUCAUAAUUUUAUUGGAAAAUUAGCAACUCAUCCAUUCACUGGAGAAAAUAUUCCAAUUAUAUCUGAUGAUUCUGUUAAUAUUUCAUUUGGAACAGGAGCAUUAAAAGUGACACCUGCACAUAGUGAAUUUGAUUUUGAAAUAGCUGAAAAAUAUAAUCUUCCGUUUCAUGAAAUCUUUGAUGAUAGUGGAAAAAUUAAAGAAAACUAUGGGCAGUUUAGAGGAUUACCUAGAUUUGUAGCUAGGAAGUUAAUUCGUGAAGCAUUAAAAGAAAAGGAACUCUAUCAUGGAAAUACAGAUCAUGCUACUACUAUUCCUAUAUGCAGUAGAUCAGGUGAUAUAAUUGAACCUCGGUUAAAAGAUCAAUGGUAUUUGAAUUGUUCAGAAAUGUCCAAAAAAGCAAGCCAAGCUGCUGAAAAUGGAAAUAUUAAAUUUAUACCAGAAAGAUAUAAAAUUAUAUGGCAAGAAUGGCUUAAAAAUAUUCAAGAUUGGUGUAUAUCUAGACAAAUAUGGUGGGGACAUCAAAUACCAGCAUAUCUUGUUCAGAAUCUCUCUGAAGGUAAGAAAGUAUGGAUAGCUGCACAAAAUGAAGAAAUUGCAGCUAUGGAAGGAUCCAAAAAAUUGGAUACUGAGAAGUCAAACCUCACAGUUAAACAGGAUGAAGAUGUAUUAGAUACAUGGUUUUCUUCAGCAUUAAUUCCUCUUUCUGUUCAUGGGUGGCCAGAUAAGUUACAGUCAGAUUUUUAUCCACUUAGUUUAAUGGAGACAGGACAUGAUAUUAUUUUUUAUUGGGUUGCAAGAAUGGUUAUGUUAGGAGAACAUUUUACUGGAAAGCUUCCAUUUGAAAAUAUUAUUUUUCAUGGUAUUUUAUGUGAUAGCUUAGGCAGGAAAAUGAGUAAAUCUUUAGGAAACGUUAUUGAUCCUAUGGACAUUAUACACGGAGCAACACUAAAAAAAUUAAAAGAAGUUGUAAAGGAAUCCCAUAGAUUAGGUUAUUUAACUGAUGAGGAGCUAAAUCUUUCACUUCAGGGCCAAGAAGAAAAUUUUCCAAAUGGGAUUCCCGAAUGUGGUACUGAUGGUCUUCGCUUUGCAUUGUUACUACAUAAUUUUAAAUCAGAAAGAAUUAAUAUAGACAUUAAACAUAUUCGAAGUUGUCGAAAUUUUUGUAAUAAAAUUUGGCAGGGCACAAGAUUUUUUUGCAAGACAUUAGAAAAAUAUAAUCAUGAUUUUUUGCCAGAACAGUUAUCAGAGAAGCAUACAUUAAAUGAUGUUGAUAAAUGGAUUUUAAGUCGCUUAGCUAAUGUAGUUGAAAUUUGUAAUGACUGUUUUGAAAAGUAUAAUUUAAACCAUGGAGCAAGUGCAAUUCAGAAAUUCUGGAUCCAAGAAUUUUGUGAUAUCUAUAUUGAGAGUGUUAAGCCAUUAAUUUAUUCAGAUCAACAAAAUGAAGUUUCCAAAAUAUGUGACAUUAUGUUUAACUGUGUGGAAACUUUUAUUCGUUUGAUUAGUCCCUUCAUGCCAUUCCUUUCAGAAGAAUUAUAUCAGCGUUUAGCUACAAUAUUGGAAUGGGAUUGGGAAGAAAGUGUCUGCAUAGCACCAUAUCCUAAUAUGAAGGAAUGGGGUGUAUGGAGAAAUGAAGAACUGGAUGAUACAUUUAAAACUGUUUUAGAAUUAACCCAUGCUAUACGAUCAAUGAAAUCUUUUUAUGGAAUGUCUCAUAAUAAACCUGUUAUUGUAAUUAAUGUGAAAAAUAAUAAUUUAUUUCAAAAUCUGGAACCUUUUAAAACUCUUUUAAGUACAUUAUGUGCUUUACAAUCAUUAAAUUUCCAAUUUGGUAAAGAUGAAGACUGUUUACAAAUGAAAGAUCGCAAUUGGGUUUCCAGACUGUAUAAUAACCAAAUGACUAUUUUGAUGGAACUUCAAAGUUCAUCAGAAGAAGAACAAAUAUUAUCAAGAAGAAAGAAAAGAGAAAAGAUCCAAAAAGAAUUAGAAAAAUUAAAUAAAGUAAUGUCAGAUACAAAUUAUCGAAGAAAAAUUCCACGAAAUGUCAGAGAAGCACAUGUUGAAAAAAGAGCUAAUUUAGAAGCUGAACUUAAAAGAAUGAUUGAAAAUGAAAAAAUAUCACAGUUUUAAGCCCUAAACACUUAUUUAUUAAUAAAAAAUCUGAACUUAAAAUCUCUUAGAUAAAGUUAACCUUAUCAAGUAAACUUUAUAUGUGUAGUCUGUUUUAGGAAAUUGCUGUCAAGUUGUUGUCAUUAAAAUUAUGUAAUGUUUGUUGACUAUUUUUUCAAUGAUCAGAGUCAAAAGAUUAUUAAUGUCAUUAGUGAAACUAAUAAAUUCAAAUUUUAAAUAAGUUUUUUAAUUCUCUCCAAAGUUCUCUUUUUAUUAGAGAAUCUUAGAGAGAGAAUCUAUUUUAAAAUUUUGAAAAGAUGUUUUGAAGUAUCUUUACUAGGCAUUAACAGUGAAAUGACAUUGAAUAAAUAGAAUGGUUUUGAAAUUUAUUUAUGGUAUAACAAUUUUUUUACAUUAUUAUGAAUAUUUAUUUCAUUGUUAAUUAUAUUUCUGUAAAUAUAAUAUCUUUCUUCUUUUAAAAUUUCUAAUUUUUAUACAAUAAAUUAUUGUAGUGUAUGUUUACAAUAAGUUGUUUAUAAAAGACUAAAUGAAGAUUUUUUCUAGUCCAUGAAAGGAAAAAUAAGCACUUUGUCAUUUAAGUGUUAAUUUUAUAUAGAUGGAGAUUACUAUAAAUUAAAAAACUCAACUAACUUAAAUAGCAUGGUGUUUUGAUAAAAUUAGUUUUUAUUGCCAUUUAAUUUAUUAAAUUGAUUAUAUCCUAAGGAAAGUGCAAACCUGACAACAGAUACUGAAAUGUAAUCUUCCAAACAUGGGUAUGUAAAAUUUCCAUUGUUACUCUUAUAUACAGUAAUUUCAACUUUAUUCUCCAUUAUUAGUUUGCAACUGAAAUGUAAUGGAACACUUGCAUUAUUUAAAAAUGCUAAAGUAAAAUACAUUAAUUUCCCUGGUUUGUAAAAAUAAAUUUAUCAUACUCAUUAAACUACUCAGUAUUGGAUCAGAACCAGAGAAAAGCAGAAUUUUCUGAGUAUACACGAUAAGAGUUCAUACCAAUGAGAAAACUUAAUAGUAAUCUAUGUAUUUUUAUUGAUAUAAAUACAAUUUAAUUUUUUAAAUAUGAUUUAAAAAAAAUUAAAUUUUACAGAAGAAUCUA